CUAUACCUCUGCAGAGCUAAGCACUGUUCUGUUUCUCCAUUUAUAUUUUUUGCCACUUUCAUAGAAUGCACUAAAACAAGAUGUUUUAAAACCAGUGCCAUUACAUACAGCCAUUUACAGGCACCUUGGAAUAGAGUAACUGGGCAAAAUUCACUCUUACGUUAUGUCUGAUUCACUGUCUAUUGUCCAUGAUCACCAUAGAUACAGAGCCUAUUAUCCAAUGAAAAGCAAGUCCUGGAACCCAAAGGAACCAAUCAGAAAGCUCUGGAGAGGCGGAGUUACAUCUGUGACAUUAUAAAUUAAUGCAGCUACAAUAUUAGGACUAGAUGUGCAACAGGGCAUCAGAAAGGUGGCUUUUGGGUUGGUGCAACUGCAAUACCAUGGUAUUUGUAAUUCAGUUUAUUUUACUGGAAAAAAAGUAUCUAACCUUGUUAUAUACCACUAUUCUCUUUUCAUUAUAAUCCUGCAAAAACAAGUAAGGGAGGCUAACUAGGCUGUUAAGCAAAUAUCUUCUUUCUGUUCAUAAACUAACACUAAAUAAAUGAAAUCAACUAGCAAAUAGACAAGAAGCACAUGUUUGCUGAUAAUCUGACAGGCCCAUUAUCCUAGGUUCGGGUUAUCUUGUUAUUUAUGUGACAUUUGCACAUUCUCCUCAUGUCUGCAUGGGUCUUCUUCCCUUAAAUUAACUACCUCCAAUUAAAUUAAAAUUAUCAGAACACUAUAAAUUCACCCUUGGUGAGUGUGGAUGUGUACAUGACUGGGCCCUAAGACAGACUGGUGCCCUCUCAUCAAUUUGAUCCUGCCUUGCUUCCAAACCUCCUGGGAUAGGCUCUGUCCCCUGAACCUAAACUAGAUUAAGCAAUUUGAGAAUGUGAUGCUUGUUGAUAAAUCCAGCAGAUUAUUUAAAUCAGAGGAAAUCUCAUCUCAAACUGGGGAAUUAUAAAAUAUUGAGCCAAUUAAUGGCAUCAUGCAGAAUAAAAACUGGGGAAGUGGAAGAAAAAAAAUUUGUGACAUUCUUGACAUAUGUUAAACAAUGAGUUCACUGUUGCCCACAGGAGAUCUUGCCUGACACAAAAGCAGUCAUUAAGAAUGCUGACAUGUCAGAGCAGAUGCAGAUGGUUGCUGUAGAGUGUGCCACACGUGGACUGGAGAAGUACAACAUGGAAAAGGACAUUGCAGGCUAUAUCAAGAAGGAAUUUGACAGAAGGUACAAUCCCACAUGGCACUGCACUGUUGGUAAAAAUUUUGGAAGCUCAGUGACUCAUGAGACCAAGCAUUUUGUUUACUUCUACCUGGGACAAGUGGCCAUCUUGUUGUUUAAAUCUGGUUAGAGGCAUUCAGAAGACCAAACUAUUUGUCACUUUUACAGCUACAAGAAACCUCUUGUGUCUGAGGGAUGGCAGAACCAAAUGUCCCUUUGAUGUAUAACAGAAUAAGUGUAACUUUUCCAAACAAGAACUAGUCUUUUAUAUCCGAUGGGAAUUUUCAAGGUUUAGAUAGAUUAACUUCCCUGUCAGGUCUUCGUAAAUUUUAAUCGGAGUUCCACCCAGCCAAACACAAUAGAUCUGCUUUUUGUUCUGGUGUUGCUCUUUUCCACAAAACUAAAAACUUGUCUUCUGGGCAGCAGAUCUCCUAUAACCCAAUCUAGUGCAUUUUUGAGCAAUAAGACAAAUACAUGAGAAAAAAAAACUGAAGUUGUAAAACUGAUCAGUUAUUAAAAGGUGAAUUCUCUCUAUUGUAUAGCUUUAUUUUUCUGUUUUUGCCACUUUCCAAAAUCAUCUCCUUUAUUAAUUUAACAUGCACAUUCUUAGAAUUUGAAAAGAAAAUCAUAAUAUCUGUAGGAAAAUCCCCACAGACACAAGUGGAACAUGUAAGACUUUAAAUGGUCUGAGUUUUAAAAUCAAGCACUGGAGCUAAAGCAGCAGUUCUAGCUGUUCUGCAAGCCCAAAUUCAUACUGAUGAUGCAUUUUCUGCUAAGUCUAUAUAAGUAUAUAUAUAUAUAUAUAUAAGGAGAAAGAAACAGAUUAGUUUUUAAUGGAGAGACAGAUAUA